AUGCUAUGGCCAAACCUCUUCGUACUCGAGGGUGGCCCGAUUCCACAGCCGCGAAAAGCAUCGGAAGUGAACUACAUCGUCGAGCUGCGGCACGACGACCCAAGGGUCAUGGCGAGCGCGCAGAACAUGACCUUCGUCCACCAGCUGCGCAACUACGACAGCUUGCGGCCAUUCCCGAGGUGGCCACAGUCCAAGGCCGACCCAUGGGCAGUGUACACGGACGAGUUUCCCGACGACUGGCCCAAGGUACAGCCGGCACAGGGCUACUUCCUCGCCGCCACCCUCCAGCGUCCAAAGUGGAAGAAUAACCUCGGGGACGGCUACGACUACAUUGCCACUGUCACUUCGGACAAGUUUGAGAUCAGAGCCGGCAGCCAGGUCAUGUAUCCCACCGACUACAUCCCCGACUUUCGCAGUGACUACUAUUCCGGUAGGAGGGGGUACAUUGACUCGGCGCAGGGGUACAAAGGCACCAAGGCGUCAGGAGGUGUCGUUCGGGCCAUUGUCCCUUACGGGCUGGCCGGUCUGCUGCCGGCUGCCGUCGUCUUUGGUGGCUUGUAG